GAUCGAGAGGUUCGAGAUGUGCCUGUAGCUCUCCCCCUGUAUUCCGAGCAGGAACCUAUAGUUUAUGUAGGUCCCUGGGCAGAAUGUCGACCUCAACAAAAAUAUUUAAAUAAACGUGAUGUUAAUUCAUUCUCCCAAAACCAACCUUAUAGAAGUAACCAACAGCAUUAUCAGGUUCAAGAUUCAUACUUCUCCAAUCCUUCUAAUCCUGCUCCUGUAGGAGCUGAACCUGUCUUCUAUCCUGGCCCACCUGGAGCACAUCCACCUAGUCCAGAAGAUCUUCCUUUCUUUAUCAAUUCCUUUGAUGCCAAGUCCCAACCUAAACAAUGGAAUUCUCAGAAUAGUGUUCAAGGACCAGGAGGAUCAGGAGGUCCUGGAGGACCAGCAGGACCUGGUGGACCUGUAUGGAGUUGGAAUUCUGAACCUAAAGCUCAAAUAUCUGGACCAACCAACCAUCACACCAUUGUCUUCCCACCACCAAAGUUGAGUUAUCCAGACUCAAGAAGAACCCAUCAGCAAAACAUAAACCAGAAUCAGCCCAUCAACAUGAACAGUAUGAACAUAAACUUGAACAUGAACCAGGACGAAGAGAACGGAGAUAGCUCUGUCGUAUCUCAGGGUCCUGUUCUGGGUAGUAGAACUAGGGAGGUCCUGUGUCGAGGACCUGGUGGAGAAGUGAGUCCCUUCAAGGACUGUAUGGACGGGUCUAGGGCUACAAUUGUACCGGCGAAUAAACAAACAUGUACAGUAGAUCUGGACUGCCAGGUCGGAGAGUGGAGUGCCUGGACCCAACUAGACCCUAAAGACUGUGCUUUAGAACAGGGAAAUGCAAUCAGAGAGGAGAGGAGGCGCGAUCUUCUGAGGUUUGGGGCCGGAGCCGGUAAACCCUGCCCUCAUCUUAUUCAAAGGAAAAUAGGAAACUCAACUGUGGUCUGUAGAGAGAGGUUUAUCUGGAAAGUUGGAUCCUGGAGUGAUUGUUUGAUAGAAGAAGGGCUAGAGGAGGAUCAGGGUAGAGGAGAGGAGGGGGCGGGGAAGGGGUGUGGUGGAGGGAUCAGGAUUAGGAAUGCAACCUGCCUGGAUACAGAGGCGGGGAAACCAGCCCCGCCCCAUCUCUGCACUUCGAAGAAUCAACCGUUUACUCAUCCAUUGGUCGAGAGGUGCAGUAAACCCUGUGAGGAGACCUGUAAAGUUGGGAGUUGGAGCAUAUGGAGUUCUUGUCAACCUGACUCUUGUUUAUCUAAACCUACUGGACCUGUACAUGGAUAUCAGAUCCGUCGGAGGGAGAUGAUAAACCUACGAGGAGAUGAGAACUCUUGUCCUGCUCUGGAGGAGGUUAGAUCCUGCUCCGUAUCCUCCUGCUACCACUGGGUUAUCCAACCCAAGGAGGAGUGUCAGCUCCCUGUAGAGGCAACCCAACCCUGUGGAGCAGGAUUCAUGUCCCAAAAAGUCUCUUGUCUCCGAUGGGACGGAUCAGAAGUGACGGAUACAUCUCUCUGCGGUCCUGGGACACGACCCCGUGAGCGAGUGGAAUGCCAUGUCCCGUGUCCCAAUGACUGUAUUGUGUCCGGAUGGUCUGAUUGGUCUGUAUGUCCCAGUUUGUCCUGUGAAAACCUAGAGAUGCAUCCUAGGAUACCCUUGAGACAGAGGAACAGAACUAUUCUAGCAAUAGCAGGCAAAGACGGACAGGAUUGUCCCAGCUCCGACUCCCUGGUAGAGAUGUCGGCUUGUCCUGAGACCAGCAGAGAGUGUGAUACUGUCUCCUGGAGACCACAAGGGUGGGGGGAGUGUCAGCUCCAGCCAGGUCAAGUGUGUGGUAAAGGACAACAGACUCGUAUUGUUCACUGUGCUGAUACAAGGGAUAGAAGAUUACCAGCCUGGAGGUGUAGCAGGCUCAAGACAAGGAGUAGGAGAAGGGGGUGUCAGAUUGUAUGCCCUGUGAACUGUGAGGUAUCUGACUGGACAGACUGGUCUAAAUGUCCAGAUCUCUGUCAGAAAGGAUCUUCAGAGGGCGGAGUCCUUCUUAUGGAAACACAGAGACGAGAGCGAAUCAUUCUUGAAGAAUCGCAACACGGAGGAGAUCAGUGCCCACCCCUAGUUCAGGUCCGACCCUGUCCUUUGCUAGCUGGAAGCUGUAAGCAGGCCAGGUGGUCCCCAGGUUCUUGGACAAACUGUUCAUUAGCUCCAGGUCUAUCAUGUGGGGAGGGGUUGAGAACUAGAUCACUUUCAUGUAUCAGAUCUGGUCUAAGUCUCCCCCUCGUAGAAUGUAUAUCUACUGGUCAACCUACCCCGACCCAGGUAGAAGCUUGUCAUAUUGACUGCUCUGGAUCCUGUAUUCUCUCCAGCUGGUCAGCCUGGUCAUCCUGUCCUACAGCUUGCGGGUCAACACGCUCCAGACAGAGACAUGCUAUAGAUGAGUCCUUCUGUAAGAAUAAAAGCCUUGAAACAGAAGAAACUCAACUAUGUCCUUGUGAUCAGUUUUCAGCCAGACCAGUAGGUCCUUGGUCGGACUGUAUUCUACAGACUAAAAAUACAGACGAGGUUGGAUCUAUUGAUCACGUGAUGCAAGUAUCUCCUCUCCGACAUGAGAACUGUGGAACUGGAUCCAGGUUUAGACGGAUGGACUGCUACGAUUCAAGAGGGAACCAAGUCGACUCCAGUUGGUGUGGAGGAAAACAGUACCUGGAUGAGCGCUGCACGACCCUAUGUCCAGUGGACUGCAAGUUCAGUUCCUGGGGUCCCUGGGGUCCCUGUGAUUCUAUCUGUGGACCUGGACUCAAGAAUAGAACUGCAAAGGUGGUUGAGGUGGUAGGAGAAGGAGGUAGACCCUGUCCUGGUCCAACAGUACAGUACGCCUCCUGCGAGUACUCCUGUGAUAAUUUUGUGUGGGUGGUUGGUCCCUGGACCCCCUGCACCAGGGGCCAGCACUCCUGCGGCAGGGGCAGCAGGCAGAGAUCCGUCAGAUGCGCUGAAAAAGUUCAGGAUUCAGAAAUCGUCGUUUUGGACGAAUUUUGCGAUGCUGUUACACGACCAGACUCAUUGCAGAAUUGUGAAGAACCUUGUCCGGGGCAGUGCGUAGUUGGAGAUUGGACGGAGUGGUCAUCCUGCAGAGAUUGCUCUUGGGGAUCCCGGAGAACAAGAACCAGAUCCGUCCUUAGACAACCAGCCCAAACCUCACUUAUAUGCCCUCCUGUACAGGAGUCCAGUAACUGUAUGUUGAACUCUACCUGCUGGGAGUAUAGAUGGAGGUUGACCCCCUGGACUAGCUGUAGACCAGAAGGCCGGGCAACCUGUGGAACUGGAACUGUUACCAGGGGAACGCAGUGUAUCAGGAGUGAUGGUCGACCUGUCUCUGGUAGGUUCUGUUCUACUCUACCCCUGCCUGGUGAAGUGUCUGUGUCCUGUAGUGUUGAAUGUCCUCUCGAUUGCGUCCUAUCGUCCUGGAGUCCCUGGGACGAGUCCCAAUGUCAGUGCGGACUUUUCCUCGCUAAUAUAACGAGAACAAGGAGGGUAUUGGUGUCUCCUACAGCUACGGGUAGACCCUGCCAAGGAGGAUUAAAGGAGCAGAAACCUUGCCCCUCAACCCCCUGCUACAUAUGGGACAAACCAUCCUGGUCACCUUGCCAACUACAGGGUGCCACUUGCGGUACAGGUAUACAGCGUAGAAAUAUCAGCUGUGUUACUAAACCUGGAGGAACUGUUGUUCCUGAUUCUCUUUGCCAGGACAAGAUUGGAAUUGAUCCAUCCAGCGGGUUGAUUAUCGGUCAGCUGGAGGACCUUAGCACAGUAACUUCUUGUUAUAUCAGUUGUGAUACGGAUUGUACUGUGUCAUCUUGGUCCGAAUGGUCUUCAUGUACACAGGAUACAUGUAGACCUGCCAGCUCAGUUGGUGUACAGACAAGAUUACGAAACGUUGUACAGAAUUCUAGAGGUGUUCAUGGGAAGUGUACACCACACCUCUCAGAAACAAGAUGGUGUAUAUCUGCACCCUGCUACAGGUUCCACUGGUUGGUUCUGAACGGAGAUGUCUUCUGUCAACGCUCUGAUGGUGUCAGAGUCAACAGUGGUUGUGAGAGCAGUGUAGUGGGGUGUGGCUCUGGAUGUAGAAGUGUCCGCCACGCCUCCUGCCAGGCCGGUCAUUGUGUCUGCUUACCUGGAUAUCUGCCUCAGUUCUCCGCCCAUCCGUCUCCCCGCCUCUCCGCCUGCCUAGAUAUUCACUCUAAUCUAACCUCUCAGGGGCUAGAGGUGGAAGAACGAAGGAAACCUGAGAAUGAAGUUAGGCUUCACUAUUUCCCAGAUGGUAAGGUGCUGACCUACUGGAUGUUUGCAUUGAUUAGUAUUGGCUGCAUCUUCUUCAUCUUCCUCACUAUAUCCAUAUACAUACUCUGUAAAUCAACCUGUAAAAAUGAUUAUACAGGACCAGAUAUACCAAACAAUAGAAUACUUUUGAAACAUCAGGACACUCCCCUUCCACCCUUGUGGCAGUAAACUUGGCCUUUGUCAGUGAGAAACUAGACAAUUUAAGACAAAUAAAUAGUUCAGUGAAGUAAUCGAACACUUUUCAGAUGGAUAAAAUAGUUCCAGUGAAGGAAUUCAACACUUUUCAGACGGAUAAAUAGUUCCAGUGAAGGAAUUCAACACUUUUCAGACGGAAAAAUAGUUCCAGUGAAGGAAUUAAACACUUUUCAGAGGAUAAAAUAGUUCCAGUGAAGGAAUUCAACACUUUUCAGACGGAUAAAUAGUUCCAGUGAAGGAAUUCAACACUUUUCAGACGGAAAAAUAGUUCCAGUGAAGGAAUUAAACACUUUUCAGACGGAUAAAUAAUUCCAGUGAAGGAAUUAAACACUUUUCAGACGGAUAAAUAGUUCCAGUGAAGGAAUUAAACACUUUUCAGACGGAUAAAUAAUUCCAGUGAAGGUGUUAAUGAGCUCAGGAAAUAAUACACUUUUCAGACAAAAGAAUAGUUGACUAAAAGAAUUGAAAAAUUAAUUAUCUGUGCUCAUUAUGGCCAUGACGUUAUUUUUCAAAAUCUAGUUAUUGACCUAGAGUUGUUUGUAUUUAUACAUGAAAAUGAAUUCCUUGCCAAGGAAUUGAGUCUUUACCACAAAAUCAGUUUUUGUAAAACUUAUAUCUUUGCAACCUUAUUAUG